CUGCCAGGUCUUCCUGAGUACCGCAACGGAGGGCUCUUUGUGGAAUUCGGCGUGGUCGUGGCGAAGUCGCCGAAUAUCCUGACGGACGAGCUCGAUCCGAGCACUGAAGUCAUCAUCGAGUGGCGGGCUCUGACUGUAGCGAUUUUGGACGAAUUGCACAAGGUCAUUCUUGAACGCCUCGAUUUUACUGCCGACUUCUUCCCACUCAUGGUCGAAGGGGGAAGCUGGAAGGCUGGGCGCGUUAUCGCAAAGGAGAAGCGAACCGAUGGUGGACCACCGAUUGAAAUCAAGAGUGACAGUACAGUCUUUUAA